AUAUUCCUUCAGGGCUCCAACUCAAACUAAAACUUGGCUUGUGUAUUUAAAACAUUUAGUGCUCCGACUUUUCCCUUCGCCUCCAUCCACCACCCUUCACCGCCGAGGAAAAGAUGGAGCCAGCCAAGCACCCCGCCGGCAGAGCCAUGAUCCUCGGCAUUGGCACCGCCAAUCCGGAGAACUACGUGUACCAGGCAGAUUAUCCCGAUUUUUACUUCAGGGUCACCAAAGGCGAGCACAUGCCCGAUCUUAAAGAGAAGAUGAAGCGCAUUUGUGAGAAGACAUGCAUCAAGAAGCGUCAUAUGUAUCUCACUGAAGAAAUGUUGGAAGGGAUGCCAAAUUUGUGUGCUUGUUUGGCUCCGUCUAUGGACGCCCGUCAAGAGAUCUUGGUCGAGGAGAUUCCAAAGCUGGCCAAAGUAUCAUCACUCAAAGCAAUUGAAGAUUGGGGUCAGCCUCUUUCAAAGAUUACUCAUUUGGUGUUUGGCACCACCUCUGGCCUUGAUAUGCCUGGAUCUGAUCUCAGACUUGUGGAGCUCCUUGGGCUCAACCCAAACGUUCAGCGAUACAUGCUUUGCCACCAAGCUUGCGCUGGUGGUGGCUGCAUUCUCCGCCUAGCGAAAGAUAUCGCUGAGAAUAACCCUGGUGCAAGAGUUCUUGCUGUUUGCUCAGAGCUCACUGUUUGCAUUUUCAGUGGCACUUGUCAUACCCAUUCUGAUUUGCUUGUUAGCCAGGCACUAUUUGGUGAUGGGUCAUCCGCUUUGAUUGUCGGAUCAGAACCUGAUACAACAAUUGAAACUCCACUCUUCGAAGUUGUGGGAGCAUACCAACAUACCAUUCCCAACUCUAGGGAAGCAGUAGAAAUCCACUCUCGUGAAGCUGGCCUCAUUGUCUACUUGGCCAAGAGCUUGCCCGGCCAUGUAUCCAACAACAUCGAGAAAUGCUUGAUUGAUGCUUUCACUCCACACGGAGUUAGCGACUGGAACUCACUUUUCUGGGUGGCUCAUCCUGGCGGCCGAGCAGUUUUGGAUCUCAUCGAAUCCAACCUGAGCUUGAAGGAGGAGAAGCUCCUCGCCAGCCGACACAUUCUUAGCGAGUACGGAAACAUGGCCAGCGCUUGUGUGUUCUUUGUCUUGGACGAGAUAAGAAAAAGAUCGAUUAAAGAAGGGAAGAGCACCACCGGUGAGGGAUGCGAAUAUGGUAUUCUCUGUGGAUUUGGGCCAGGUUUAACCAUAGAGUCCGUUGCUCUGAGAAGCAUCCCGCUGAAUUGAGGAAAGCAGCCGUUGCAGGUGCAUGGACAUGAUCUAGUAGUAACAAGUAAUAAAUUUGUUAAUGUGUGUAAUAACGAGACGCCCAAAAAAUUGUUGGCAGAGCUGUCUGGACGUUGCACCAAAUGGGCCAGCCCUUCAUGUCUUCAUUUUUACUUACGAAUUAUAUAAUGUUGUUAUUGAAUUAAAUACCAAAAUCAUCUCGUUAUCAAAUUAAAUACAAGUCUUCUCA